AUGAACGCCAGGCAAGACCAUAUAGCACUGUACACAUUUUUGGUGUUUCUCUUUUCGUUUAGUUUGUUUUGCUAUGGAUUUUUUCCGUUAUCAUUUUCGCCUGCUACUAAAACAAGCUUGGAAGAGUUACCACAGCGCCUAGGCAAUGCAAGUUUAAGAGGCAUUGACUACAAGCCACGAAUAUCGAGAGCCGUUUUAGUUGUUAUAGAUGCACUACGUAUGGAUUUCAUCAGCCAGGAAGAAAAUUUCAAGCUUUUAAACAGCCUUCUCAGUGAUGGAAGGGCGUGCCUGUAUCGACUGCAAGUGCAUCCUCCAACUGUCACCAUGCCUAGAAUAAAAGCUAUGACUUCUGGUGCCAUUCCAAGUUUUUUAGACGUGAUUCUCAAUUUGGGAAGUGCGGAAAUGAAGUUAGAUUCGUUUCUAUAUCAAAUGAAACAACGCCAACAGAAAAUUGUGUUUUACGGUGAUAACACGUGGACAAACAUGUUCCCGGAUAUGUUUCAUCGAAGAGGCGAGAAUGUGGACUCAUUGUACGUGAAUGAUUUUUAUGAGGGUGAUCGUAACAUUACAAAACAUUUGAACAUGGAGCUUCAAAUGUACGACUGGAAGCUGAUGAUUCUUCAUUACCUUGGAUUAGACCACAUCGGUCACGUGGAAGGUCCUUUUAGCGACAAAGUGCCGGGAAAGCUACAGGAAAUGGAUAACGUCGUUAAAAAAAUAUAUCAAGCAAUGGAUAAAUGGAAGCAAAAGUACUAUACAAAACCUAUGCUCAUCAUAACUGGUGACCAUGGCAUGCGAGAUUCCGGAGGACAUGGCGGCUCAACACAUCCGGAAACAGUUGUACCACUCAUAAUUGUCAGUGACCAGUGCGCUAAAAGCGAUGAUACAUUCCUACAAAUUGAUCUAGCUCCAACAUUGUCUAUUUUGAUGGGAGUAGCCAUUCCACACGCAUCCAUUGGCUCUACAAUUUACCCUGCGCUUAAAGGUUUGCAUCGUAAAGACAUGCUUUAUGCGCACUACUAUAACACUCAGCGGUUAAAAGCGAAGGUGGAAUCAGUAUUAAAGAACAAAUUUCAAACUUCAGAGUUAUUCGAAGGGUAUGAGGAUGCCAAAGCGUCGCAUGAAUUAUUCAUGAACGAUACGACUGAUGUAUCUGCUUACAAACGUGCUUUGCUCCUCUACACGUCCGUAACAAAUAAGUUUACUCAAUUUCUUAUAUCAAGUUACAUACGGUACGACAUCGUGUACAUCCUGAUAGGAGUGGUUAUGACUUUUAUGUGCGCUACCAUCGCAGUCAUGCAAAUACUAAGUGAUGCCAAUGCGAACGCAAUUGAACUAUGGCCGAGGCUUUUCCCCAGCAUAAAUUUUUUGCUCGUGGCUUUUCUCAUGCUAAAACUCUUGUCUUUCGAAAAAGAUCCAUCAACAUAUACCAACUCCUUCCAAGCAUUGCUAGUAUUAUUGCCCAUCGUUUGUUUCACCCUUUGGGUGAUAAUGUCGCAUCUUUUCGAAGGAAUCAAAAUGCAGGUUUUUGAUUAUUUCAAAAAAACACCCCUCCAUUUCCAGUUCGUAGGCCUUGGUAUAUGCUUUCAUUGCAUUUCGCUUGCGAGUAGCUCUUUCGUCGAAGAGGAACAUCAAACUUGGUACUAUCUCACUACCAGCAUUAUGGUGUUGCUUACCUUGAAGCAAAUGCGCAUUAUGAACAGUACUAUCGGUAUGAUCAAUCAUUCAAAAGCCGACGUGUCUCUAAUACAAGUGUGCAAGGAAGAACGAAAUAUAUUCGCUUCCUCCUCUGUAGCGUUCAUGUGCAUCCACGUGUUUAUUCGACGAUUGAAUCAAACCGGCGAUAAAUGGCAACACCUGCCCGAUGUAGGCGAUUGGUUAUCAAAAGAUGAACACAAAGCUUCUCAAAGCCUAGCUAUGGCCGCUGGUUUAUGCUAUUUGGUUUAUCAAAUUUGCUACAUGGGCGGUUUGCUUACAACAGUGCUCUCAUUUACAGCGUCUUUACUGAUCUAUUACUACCGUGCUGCAAUGGGCACGGUAAGCAUAUUUGGACUGCAUGCAUCGAACUCUCCCAUUUGUCUUACGAUAUUUUGGAUAAAUCUGGUAGAAAUAUUUUUUAUCGGAUUUUUACCAAUGCUCUACCGUGCAGUAGUGGGGUCCUCCAAUUUGAAUCGUUCGGGCGGCCUCUACAGUAACUGCGUGAUCAUUGUAGCCUUGCUGUCAGCAUUACUGCACAAACCGCACAAUGUGAUGCUGGUCGGUUCACUACUAGCAACCAGCAGGUUUCUGAACGAACGUAUCGAUCAUAUUGCGGAGAAUAAAAAUGGUAGCCUUGUCCUCAAAAUGAUCACCCAUUAUUGGCUUGGGAAAACAUUUUACUAUUAUCAGGGUAACUCCAAUAGCUUAGCCACCAUCGAUCUUAAUGCCGGAUACAUUGGAUUAAAUCAUUUUGAUAUAUUUCGAGUUGGAAUAUUCCUCACGCUCCAUACCUUCAGUGGUCCUAUUUUAUGCUUUCUCAUGCUUAUGCAGAACAUUUUUUUUAACAACAAUGAUGAAACCCAUAAACAUAAACUAAAAAUAGAUCCUCUUACUAUCAAAUGGAAGGUUCUUUCGCUGAUAAAUGUACUUACAGCUGUACCCGUUUGCUUUUUCAUGGUAGUAGCAACAAUUCUACGUGAUCACAUAUUUGUGUGGACCGUUUUUUCACCAAAGAUUAUUUAUGAUUACUUUAAUGUGUGGUUGGUACUCAUUCAGAUAGUUCUAGUCCUUCUACUGUUGCCAAAUAGAAUAAGUAUCAAUUUGUGA